GCAUGAAAAUAAGCAGACUAUUGUGAUCAUUCGUACAAACUGUUGUUCUUUGUUGCCUUUGCUUCCAAAUAAAGUCUUAGAAAUUGUUUGAUUCUGGAAAGUCUGAAGAAUCUUAAGCAGCAGAAGUAGAUGGGAACUCUUCAAUGAACACAUUAUACAUUCACUGAAAGAUCUGCAAAUUGAGUGUGCAAGCAUGACCAAGCGCCGACGAUCAGCCACAUCGACUGACGUCAAGGAGCCAGAGGAAGAGACUGCCUCCUCCACAUUGCUCCAUUUCCCCAUCAAAAGAAGGAAGAAGUCGGUGCAGUCUCAGGAUCCAGCGGAUAUCAUCCAAGAUUUGUAUGAUACCAUCAGGAACUACAAAACUGACGAUGGCCGGCUGCUGUGUGAAGCUUUUAUAAGAGUGCCCAAACGAAGGGGGGCACCAGAGUAUUAUGAUGUAGUGAGCAGUCCCAUUGACCUGCUGAAGAUACAACAGCGAAUGAAGAUGGAGGAAUAUGAUACAGUGGAACAGAUGGAGUCAGAUGUUGAACUAAUGAUCAACAAUGCACUGGCAUAUUAUAAGAAAACCUCCCAGGAGUACAGGGAUGCGAGCGAUAUCUGGCGACUGUUCAUUGGAACCAAACACCAUUUCCUUGAGGAUGACCCGACGACAGAAGACGUGAAGUUUUCGAGGGAGACCGUGGAGGUUAAGCAAGAGAGAGAAGAAGAGUCAUGCGAAGUAUUUGCCGAUAAGGACGCGACUGACGCAACCGCAGCGGCAAGCUGCAGGCUGCUGCAAGCUGCAGCAGGUCCAAGCACUGAGCACAUUGCUGGACCAGCUAGGCACCUGCGAGCUCACAGCUUGGUGCUUAGCGAACCGCCGUUGAACAACGAGCAGUCUGUCCAGGAAGAGGUCAAAGCUCAAGUACCGAAGGAAGAACCCCAGGAAUGUGAGUUUGCCAUGGAGAAUCCUUCCGAUCCCUUGGAGCAGCUCUUCACGGCCGUCAUGGCCCACAAGGAGGAAGACACCGGUAGAAACAUCAGUCUGAUAUUCCGCAAGCUGCCUCCCAGGUCCCAGUUUCCGGACUACUACGACAUCAUCAAUAACCCCAUCGACAUGAAAGUCAUUGCCAAGAACAUAAGGUCUGGUCACUACGCCACCCUGACUGAUCUGGAGAAGGACCUAUUACUGAUGGUCAAGAAUGCCAAGACAUUUAACGAGCCCGGGUCCCAGGUCUACAAGGAUGCCAUGGUGUUAAAGAAACUGAUCGCGAGUACCAAGCAGGAGCUGGACAGAGCCGUCAGGAUGGGAGAGAUGGCAAGUAAAACAGCGCCCCCUGUUAGUGCCGACCAGACUGAAUCAGCUAUCCAGGUCGCUGCCAGCCUGCCGUCGGACGAAGACAACGAAGAGGGCGGUACCCUCAACGAAAUGAAGUACGAGGAAAACGAUGACGAGUCGGGGGCCGAGAGUUUCCUGGCCAACUCCAGCGACGCCAAGCACGUGCUGUUCAACACGGUGCUGAACGCUAAGAACUCUCUGGGCCAGCUCCUGUCGGAACCCUUCAUGAGGCUGCCCUUCAGGCGAUUCUACCCGGAUUACUACGAGGAGAUUCAGCAUCCCAUGGCUCUGUGUAAGAUUAGGAGCAAACUCAAGAUGGAUAGAUAUGAAUCGCUGGCUGAACUAGCCCAGGACUUGGACCUGACCUUCAACAAUGCCAAGCAUUACAACCUGCCGUCCUCCAGACUAUACAAGGACGCCGACAAGCUCCAGAAGGCCAUGAGCGCCAAGUACAAGGAGCUGGAGAAAAUGGAAGCCAUGAGAGAUGUCGAGAGCGAUGAGGAGAGUGACAGAGGAGGCGGCAAACGGCGUAGGAGCAGCAUCAAGAAGGGGCCCGACAGUGAGUUGGAUCUGAAGACGCGCCUGCAGAUGGUCUGUGACACCUUAGUACAAUACCAGGACAAGAUUGGGCGCUACCCAAUCACUCUCUUCAUGGAGAAACCGUCUAAGAAACUGUACCCCGACUACUACCAAGUAAUCAGUGAACCCAUCGACAUGAAGACCAUUGAGAGCAACAUCAGAUCAGACAAGUACAACAAUGAGGAAACGGUGCUGAACGAUUUUGACUUGCUAUUCAACAACGCUAGGCAGUACAACGAAGAAGGCUCAAUGGUGUAUGAAGACGCUAACUUACUGGAGAGACUCCUCAAAGACAGAUGCCGGGAAUUGGGUAUUUGCGUGGCAGUCCAAUCAGAGCCAGCAAUGGUUUCUUGCGUUUCAGACGCUGCCAAGGGCCCAACCAAGAGCAAGACCACGCCCGUGGACCCGCCCAAGCGACUGCCUUCUAAGCGGCCCCGGUCCAUGGGAGGGAUGACCCCUCUGGAGCAGAAACUCAACGACUUGUACGGAACCAUCUUUGACUACUCGGACUCCAAUGGGAGGGAGCUGGCUGCCCCGUUCAUCAGACUGCCAACCAAAAACGAAUACCCCGAGUACUACCAAGUGAUCAAGAAGCCGAUUGACAUGCAGAAGAUUCAGCAGCGGCUUGGUGCCAAGCAGUACGAGCAGCUGGACGACAUGGUCACCGACUUCCUGCUCAUGUUUGACAAUGCCUGCAAGUUCAACGAGCCCGACUCACUCAUUUACAAGGAUGCUCUGACUUUACAACGAGUCCUCCUCCAAACCAAAUCGGAGCUGAUGGGCGACGAGACCUCCGGAAUGCCCGACAUCCAGAGCACCGUCCGAGAGAUCCUGACCAAUCUCUUCGUCUCGUUGGCCAAUCAUCAGGACGAGGAGGGGAGGUGUUUCAGUGAUUCGCUGUCUGAGGUGCCUCCAGUGAAGGAGGAGCCAGGGGCGGAGGGGGAGAUACAGCCGCAGCAGCAGGGACAGAAGAAACCGUUGGAUUUGGACACCCUCAGGAGGUUUCUUGACAAGGGCUGCUACCGUCGUCUGGACUGCUUCCAGGAUCACAUCUUUGGAGUCCUGGAACGAGCUCGCAAUCUCAGCCGAACAGACUCCCAGGUGUAUGAAGAUGCGUUUGAAAUGCAGAGGUUCUUCAUCAACAUCCGAGAUGAGAUCUGUAAGAAUGGGGAGAUCCUGCUGUCCCCGGCACUGAGUUAUACUCACAGACACAUGCAGAAUGACAUCGAGAAACAGAAGAAGGAGAAACUACCCAAAGAGAUGAAAGAAGAUGCGGAGAAGAAAGAGGAAGAGGCAAAACAGCUGCAGCAAGACCCAGCAGGAGGAGAAGCUAAGGAUGCACAGGAGAUGAAUGAACUGGAGGCAAGUAACGGCUUAAAUGUGAAUGGGCAAACAUACCGUGUUGGCGACUUUGUAUACGUUGAACCAAGUGAGAAGAAUUUGAAGCUGCACAUCGUCUGCAUCGAGAAGCUAUGGAGCGAUCCGGACGGGGAAUGCUGGCUCCAUGGCAACUGGUUUCUGAGACCCAACGAGACUUUCCAUCUGGCCACCCGCAAGUUCCUUGAGAAGGAAGUAUUUAAGAGUGACUACUACAACAAAGUAAAGAUCUCACAGCACGUAGUCGGCAAGUGUCACGUCAUGUCUGUCAAGGAUUACUUCAAGUAUAAACCCGAGGGUUUCAAUGAGGAAGACGUCUACACCCUGGAGUCUCGCUACUCGGCUAAAGCCAAGGCAUUCAAGAAGAUCAAAAUCUGGGCCAUGCCUCCCAGCAACGUCAAGAUCGUUCCUCGCGAGGAACCGCUGUCGCGUGUCCGCGUCGCCUCCGUCUUCGCUGACAGCCAGGGCACAGAGACCAUGGACUCGGACAACACUGAUGGGGUGUACCAAGUCUUUGACAAGGAGAGAGAGGAUGUUAUCGUUGAAACUCCCACAGAAGAAGACAAGAACACAUACUUUGAGCAGCUGAUAUUUGAAGGUCAUGUCUACAAGCUUGGAGACUGCGUGUACCUGAGAUCAGACCAAGCUAGGCCGUUCAUCGCCCGCAUUGACAAAAUAUGGAAAGAUGCCAAUGGAGACCCUUGGUUCAACGGCCCGUGGUUCGUGCGUCCAUCGGAGACGGUUCAUCCCCCGACUCGUCUGUUCUACAAGAACGAAGUCUUCUUGAGUUCUAUUGAAGAUACUAACCCCAUGCGCAGUAUCUGCGGCAAGUGCCACGUCAUGCUGUAUAAGGAUUACGUCUCUAGUCGUCCGACAGAAUACGCCGAGGCCGACAUCUUCGUCUGCGAGUCCCAGUACAAGGAGGCCGAGCGGCAGAUCCGUAAAGUCAAGAGCCUCAAGCGCUACUCCGUCUCCAACAAAGUCAUCGACGACGAGGUCUACUUCUUCAAGAAGCCCAUCACGCCCUUCAAGGAAGCCUCCCCGCUCCUCCAGCUGGCCUCGGAGGACAGCGAGGAAGGGGAGGCGGAGAAGGAGAAACCGGGAGUGGAAGAGGAUGACGACAAGACAGUGAUCUUGACCACGGAGGAGGAAACGGAAGCUAGCACAGUUCUGGCUACACCUAAAGAAGUUCCUAAGGUUUGGAAGGCAAGCCCUACUGUGGACUCUCGGCCAUCGAGUAGUCAGAAAGCGCCCAAGCCUCGCCAUGCCAGUGGUUUCAUCCUGUUUGCCAGUGAGCAGAGAGCCGACGUUAAGAAGAAUAACCCCAAGAUGUCAUUUGGGGAGAUCAGUCGACUCAUUGGGAGCGAUUGGCGACAGCUGCCCUCGACUGACAAGAACCAGUACGAGGAACGCGCGGCGGCCAUCGCCGAGGUCAAGGCCAUAGAGCGGGCAUCCCGAGAGGCUGCCAAUCCCCCGGUACCGGGCCAGACCCCUGGCCAAGCAAAGGGCCCAGGCUCCAAUACCAUCCACAUCUUUGACUGCGGCUGGGACGGCUGCGACCAUCAGUAUGAAGACCAGGAGGAUCUGUUGAAUCACAUCGUGGAGACUGGCGACCAUCUCAAGGCAGUCGGUGAACCCAAUGAGCUUACCUACCCUUGCUACUGGAAGAGCUGCGUCAGAUACCGCAAAAACCAGCCAUUCCCGGCUUUGUCUCGUCUGAUCAGACACUGCAAGGAAGUCCACAUGAAGGCGGCAACGGGCAAGUACAUCUAUUCCCAGAAUGUCAGCAGGAACUACUUUUCGCGCUUCGCCCUUCACGGCCAGGAGGAGGGACGCUCCGGCACACCAGGUGGGGGAGCUAUCAUGGGUAUUGUCGGUCCCCCUACCCCCGUGGGGAUGGCAACCCAACAGCUUUCACAUUCAUCUCAUGCAAGCAUGCAAGGCAUGGCAAUGCCGUCGAUGCUCGACAUGCACGCUCACCCCUACCCCAACGGUCACAUGGGCGGGGUCUACCAUUCCACUGGCAUGCAAGGGAUGGUACCCCCCAUGGCCCAGCCUGGCGGUAUGCAGCACGCUAUACCCAUGUCCAUGGGCAUGCAACCGGCCGGGAUCGGGUACCAGUACCCCGGUGCCCAGCAGCAUGUAAUGCAUGUACAGCAAGCAGGUGUUGCAGGUCAGGGGUUGAUGAUGUCACCGCGUGGUCAGCAAGGCAUCGCUCCGAGCCCUCGCGGAGCGCCUAGCCCUGCGCUGAACCAAGGUAUGCAGAGUCAAGGCUCCUCAAUGCAACAGCCGAUGGUGCCGCCCCCUCCACUCUUUGUGCCCCCGCCCCCAAGGACUCAACGAUUGCUGCACUCGGAGGCAUACAUCAGAUACAUCGAAGGGCUGAGCACCAACACCGAGAACGUCAGCGACUGGCAGCGUAACCUGACCGUUCGUCCCGAGGACGUCGCCAUUACUCCAGAGCAGAGGGCCCGCUUGCCCACCAACUGGCUUGCCAACAAACCCAGCAAGGAGAGCGAGACAGUCAAGGCGUUGUGGAAGCUACGAGACCUCAUGCUACACGACUCGCUCAGGAUAAGCAAGGCUUAUAACAUAGACAUCAAGGAAGAGGAAAAACCUGAAGUGAUUACUAUCGAGACAUAGCAGUCUGCAAAAAAAUUGAAUCGACCAAUCACAUGGAAGCUUACUGAGCCCCUUGUCAUUCCAAGUAAAAGGCUCUGCAAUUGGCUCCCGAUCGCUAAACAAUUGCACAUUCCUGAAAAAUCAACAAAAAAAUGGUGGCCCACUGUAAACACAAACUUUGUAGAAGUGACCAGAACGGCUUUCUAUUGUCCAGGAACAAUAGAGGGCGCCAGAAUGGCUUUCUAUUGUCCAGGAACAAUAGAGGGCGCCAUUGAAGAGGUGCUAAAUGCAUGGGGUUCUUAGCACAAACUGCAAAAAAAACUGCGCUCAAAAGUGUGCCAAAGUGGAACGUUUUAAGUAGCAAAACACAACUUGAUUGUUGCAUAAAUAUGUCCAAGUCCAGAAGCAUCAACUGAAUCUUCGAUUUUGGUAUUGUGAGUUGCAAGUGGUAGAAAAGUAGUUAAGUUAUAGUCAAACUCAGCUGACUCUAGAGCCGGAACUUGCUUUCAGCUUUAAUAAAAAAAAACAUUAUUUAUGUCAGUAUUUUCAGUGUAUUGUCAUAGCAUGGCAAUUUUUAUUUGCCUUGUGCAAAGUUUUUCUGGCAACUAAAAUAUCCUGUUUCAUACUGAUUGCAGAUAACCGUGCGAUGAACUUUUCUGCUUUGAAAAAGAAGUGGUUUGGAACAUUAUUAUUUGAAACUUUGGUUGAAAAGACAUAAUGAAGUCACACUUUGUUUAUAUGUGUGCUUUGCUGAACCCAUCGUCUCCACCUGGCUCCCAUAGCAAAGCGCACAUAUAAACAAAAGCGUGACGUCAUUAUGUCCUAGGUCUAUUCCAUUCCAGGUCUUCAGAAUACAAUUGGGAUACUUUCCCGAAGUCUGACCAAUCAUUCCUGUGUAAAUAUUUUUUGUCUUUUAGUUUUCUUGUUGCAUUUUUGUAGCUUAUUUAAAAGUGGUUCUGUUUUGUUGUAUUGUUUUUAAGUUGACAAGUACUGCAGAUGAAUGUUUGUUUAGUAAUAGGCAGGUGGGCACAUUGGUGAUUUGAAUUAAGCACAAUUUCGAGGAGCUGUUAAGCGCGGAUAUUGUGGUAAGCACAGACAAUAGUCGCUUAGCAAAAAUGGUUACCGGUCGAAAUGCCAUGCAGUGUGUAUUGCUUGUAACUGGUACUUUGUUGAUAUUUGCUCAGUCCAUAUAUUUGCUAAGCAAUAGUUUCUGCUAAUGGGAUCCAUAGCUGGGCCUGUAAUACUUUGGAAGGCUGAAAUUGUGGUAGAGGUGGGGCUAACAAGCUUGGAGGGGGGGUUGCAUAUGUAACCUAUGCUUACUAGUACUAUCCUUUUAUUGAAUGACUAGCUAACUGCAGGACAGACUUUUAAUAAGGGAAUAAAUACAUGCUUUGCCGGUAUAGGCCUGGUCGCCGAUAAUAUGGCCCGAGUCGAGGCCCCUAGCUGGUUUUAAAUGUACUUGUUUAUUACCGGCCUUGCGCAUAUUUAUUCCCGGCCUAGCGCAUAUUUAUUCCCAUUCAUAAAUACAAUUCUGUCAACAAGUCAAAACAAUAAAUUUCCAACGAUUUUGUUUAACAAUUUUACUUCAUGUUUUGUGAAACACCCCUCUGGCUAUGUUUAUGGUAUGUGCCUCGCGCGAGUAGUACUAAAACACUCCUGAUAUGGAGAUUGGUACGCCUGCCGCAUACUGUGCGAUGUGGCGCAGAAUGCAGCUGUGCCAGGAAAAAAGUUUAAAACCACUCUCGUGACGGGCUCUCGACCAGUAGGAAUGGGUAAACUGUCUUAUGUACAUGUAUUUAUGAAUAUGUGUUUGUUACAAACGUUUCAUGCUGGCCUGAUAUGCUAAUGUGUUAACUUGAGUUUCUUGUACAAAUGCUUUAUAGUUUGAGACAUGUACUUGAAAUGUUGUCUUCUCUCUACACAGCACUAUGGUGCAUGGCUACACAACCUAGUAUAGCAAGCUGUCAUGAAUUGAUUAAACACAAAUAUGUGGAGUAUUCAGUACUUUAAUCUACUGCAAUAUUGAAUAAAUCGCUACAAAAGCAUCUACUUGUAUGGUACAUUCCAGAUGAGAGAUUCUCCAUUUUCAGGAAUGCUUAGUUAAAGCUAUUGAAGUUACUUUGCUUCGGAGUACAAGUGAAUAAAGAUGUCUGCCUGUCUGCUA